GUGAUUUCAAAUUUGCAGUACGUGGGUAGCAUGGAGAUUCCACGACCUGGUACCCGAAUCGAAAUUGUUGCUGCGAUGCGGCGUGUUAGGUACGAGUUCAAAGCCCGGGGCAUUAAAAAACGACCGGUUGACAUCACUGUUUCCGUGGAUGGGGUCAAGGUUGUUCUCCAACGAAAAAAGCAAAAGCAAAAAUGUCUUUCAUGGGACGAAUCGAAGCUGCUAGUGAUGUUUCACCCCAUAUAUAGGAUAUUUUACGUCUCGCAUGAUUCCCAGGAUCUUCAAAUCUUCUCUUAUAUAGCACGUGAUGGUGCUAGCAAUACCUUCAAAUGUAAUGUAUUCAAAUGUUCAAAAAAAAAACGCGGCUGUGUUGAUCCGUCGGAUCACGGAAUGCGUAAUCCUAGUGCUGUUAAAUUAUAUUACUGCGACGAUUCGAUGAUGAUUAGAUUCGAACCGGACGAGGACGACGACAUGAGCGAGGAGAAGCGCUUCUAUUACCUACGAUUAAUGGCAAAACCUGGUCGGAAGCCAAUCAAAACGAAGUUUGUCACUUGGUCGCCCGAGCAACAAAGUAACAGCAGAGAGGACGAUCCGGUACUUGAGAGUCAAGCGAUGCGUGUGGUUCGUACGAUAGGGCAAGCAUUUGAAGUGUGUCACAAGGUAGCACAGGAGCAAAUGCUGGAGAAGCAUGAAGAUGAAGCUGUCAAGAGCAAAGCUUCCCUCGCUAGCGAAGACGAUACGGGUGUUCCUUUAGACGUAAUUGAGGAGCGAGGAGCUGCUGAGGAGAGUAGUAGGAGUCAAAGCCCUGUCGAACCUAUAAGUGGAGGACCAAUGUAUGGCCGGCGACUAUCUUUGGUCGGCAACGCGGAGGACUUUCAGAAUCCUCCCACCUUUACUUCAACAUUACCACACACACGAACAUGGAGUGCAGCACCACAAGGGCAGCUUCCUGCUUUUACCAGUUUACAGCCAACGACGUCAUUAGAAGCUCACUCCUCAAUGUACUAUCCGGUACAGCAACUCGUUUCAAGUUCCACAUCGUUACCAUAUGGAAUUUCUUCACCGGUUCUUGUUUCUCCGUAUGCAACACUGCAGCUGAAUAUUCCACCGGUGGACCUGAGCAAUACGGAGAGUGCUAACACUCUUACAAGAUCCUUAGAUCAGUACAAUCAGCAAUUGAUACGCUCCCAAUUGGAUCAGGCCCAACAGUCGGCCCAGGUUGCUGGCUGUCAGGUGCAACUUCUAAGAGAUCAGCUGACAAGUGAGACCACUGCUAGAAUAGAAGCUCAAUCACGAACGCACCAACUUUUGAACGCCAACCGCGAACUACUCGAACAAGUCCAGUGCCUUAUGCAGAGACUACAACAGUUGGAAACGAAGAUCGCAAGUGAGAUUCACCAAAGCGUACAGUCUCCCAUUGCUGAUCCUCCCACGACGUCGUCAUCUCUCGCUCGACCGCCGGCGUUCAUGUCCUAUCACGAGCAAUACGAUGCCCGUUUGCCGUGUGGAUCACAGCCCAGGCAAAAUUUUCCAUAUCAAGAUGAUGGCUCAAAGACGGAACCAGAAAGCAACAACGAGGAUACGACUGAUUACUCGAGUAGUGAUCAAUACGAGAAAUCGUCAAAAGUGGUGAAGUCAAGCAUGCCGUCUCAGUACAAUGUGUUGAUGGCAAAUCCACUAGCGGACGUUAAUCUACCACCAGAUGUGGUAGAACGACCACAUCAAUCACGAGAUGGAGAUGCAAGAGAAUUACAUGGUGGUGAUAUAAAGGAGGAUGACGAAGCUCAGCCUGGAACCUCGUCAUCGCCACAGCAAAAGAAGACACGAAGCGCUGGGAUUUUGCGAGGCGAAAUGGAGUUUGCUCGAAUGUCAUUCAAUACAAGGUCGGUGAAAUCAUCAGCUGAUUUUUAG